CCCUUCAUGCAUUACUUGCCCGGCUCUUCCCGACUUGCGACACCAUGCCGUCGCUUUUACUCGCCUUGGACCGUCCCUUUUGACGGCCAUGCCCGGAUAAUUCUCUGCCCUGUUACAACUGGUCGGAAAUAAUGGCUGGGAUGAUGUGCGCGAGAACCACCCAGGGGAUGAUGGGCCCGAGUCGUCUGUUAGCUCGUGUCUCCAUACAUAAAACACGGCCCCCUCGUCCCUUCACGACUCAUACUACACUUGCUUUCUAUCACUCUUCUUCCGCUGUCACCGUGACGAGUAAACAACUUCGCUCUUCACCAGACACAAUCGACACAAUGGCUCGGUUUUCUCCUCAACAAAGUCGUCCCGUUCACGCGACACCUUUCCUCAACCACUCUACUACUCCCUCAGACGCCAACUAUGACACUGCCAACCCUUCAUAUAUUCGGAAGUACCUGCGCACAUACGGCCUGACUCCUCCCCGCUCCGAGAGCUACGAGACCCAAAAGACACGAUGCCUGGCCCAGCUGGCUCUGAAGAACACCGAGAUCGACAAGUUCCAAUAUCUCAGCACUCUGCGCAAGAACAAUGUCCACCUCUUCUACCGCCUGAUCACCGACCACUUGAGGGAACUUACUCCCCUGAUCUAUACCCCAGUCGUGGGCGAGGCCUGCCAACGGUGGUCUGAGAUCUAUCAGCAGCCCGAGGGCAUGUACCUCAGCUGGGAAGAUCGGGGAAAUCUGGCGGCCGUGAUCGCCAAUUGGCCCCAGCCGAAUGUGGAGAUCACAUGUAUCACCGAUGGCUCCCGCAUCCUCGGACUGGGAGAUCUGGGCAUUAACGGCAUGGGUAUCCCCAUUGGCAAGCUUGCUCUCUACACGGCCUGUGCGGGUAUUCGUCCCGAGGCCACCCUGCCUCUGACUCUGGACCUGGGUACCAGCAACAAGACUCUCCGGGAAGACCCGCUUUACAUGGGUAGCCGUCGCGACAAGAUCUCCGCCGAAGAGGAGCGGGAGUUCUUGGACGAGUUGAUGUCUGCUCUCACCGAGCGCUGGCCUGGUAUUGUCAUCCAAUUCGAGGACUUCAAGAAUCCCUUCCCCGCACUCGAGCGGUACCGGGAUUCUUACACCUGCUUCAAUGACGACAUCCAGGGUACCGGCGCCGUGAUUCUCGGCGGUGUGAUCAACGCUGUCAAGCGCUCCGGUCUGCCCUGCAAGGACCACCGCGCCGUGUUCCUCGGAGCCGGUUCGGCCGGUGUCGGUGUUGCCAAGCAGAUCGUCGAGUUCUUCAUGCGUGAGGGCAUGUCCGAGGAGGAAGCUCGCAACUGUUUCUACCUUGUCGACACCAAGGGUCUGGUCACUGCUGACCGUGGUGACAAGCUCGCCGACCACAAGGUCUACUUUGCUCGCCAGGACAACCAGGGCCAGCAGUGGAAGACUCUGGAGGAGGUCAUCGACCAUGUCCAGCCUACCAUCCUGAUGGGUCUUUCCACUCUGGGUGGUGUCUUCACCCCCGAGAUCCUCCGCAAGAUGGCCGACUGGAACACCGCUCCCAUCAUCUUCCCCCUGUCCAACCCUUCCUCCAAGUCCGAGUGUGAUUAUGAGAGCGCCGUCAAGAACACCGACGGUCGUUGCCUCUUCGCCUCCGGCUCUCCCUUCCCCACCAUGUCCUUCACCAACUCCGCCGGCGAGACCCGCACGUAUUACCCUGGCCAGGGUAACAACAUGUACGUCUUCCCCGGUAUUGGUCUGGGCAGCAUUCUGUCCAAGGCCGUCCGUGUGACCGACAGCAUGAUCUAUGCUUCCGGCGAGGCUCUCUCCGCUGCUCUCACUGCCGAGGAGAUUGAGCGUGGCCUGCUCUACCCCGACAUCACUCGCAUCCGUGAGGUCAGCAUUGUCGUCACCCGCAAGGUGAUGCGUGCUGCCCAGGCUGACGGUGUCGACCGUGAGACGAAUCUCCGUAAGAUGAGCGACUCCGACCUGGACAACUACAUCAAGUCCCGCAUGUAUGACCCUCACACCGAGGUUCGCUCUCUCGAGCGUGAGGUCGGCCACCUGCUGUCCAGCCUGGGUAACCUGUCGCCCAUCCUGAACGGCUCCCCCACCGAGGAGAAGCCCAAUGGCUCGAAGCUGUAAGAAAUCCGUUUCGUUCUUCACUAUGCCCCGUCAUGUCAUGCCCUUGCCUUCCCCGCAUUGAAUGCGGAUGGGAUAGGAGUCUCGCUUCACCUUGUCUGGCUUUUCGAAUCUUGUCUUCCAAAAUUAUUUGUUUUCUAAUCACGGCCCCGCUUAGGAUCACCGUCUGAUUUGGCCUUGCGUCUUUUCAUGUCCUUUGUUGCACAUUUGUCUUCUUCUUGUUACCCUCUUCGUCAUUUCGAGCGCGUUUUCUUUUCUCGGGUUGGAUUUUGGACAUUGUUUUGUUUGCACUUUGGUUUUCUUUGGAAUACCCAUCCCUUUUUUUGUCGUUUGGUCACGUUGCUUUUUGAGUGACCCCCACCUGCAUUUGGAUUCGGAUAGCAUUUUUCAUCUAAUCUGAAUGAAUCAAAAAUUGAUAUACUAUAAA